AUGGGUGAACCAAAUACCAAAACUAAUAAGCUUAAUGAAAAACUUAUUGCCUCAUCCAAAGUUUCAAAUAACAAACAAAAUGUAAUAGCUAAAUCCGGGCCCUCCGGUGACAUAGCAGAUAACGCGACUAAUGAGCCUCUUUCAUCUCAACACUCCGAUAACGACUACAACAGCGACGCAAUUAAAUCCACCGAUGAAAUUAUUUCUUAUCACGAUUACACCAACAAGACCAACCAUAUGGUAUACAGAGCGUUCAUAAUAUCAAUUCCUCAUCUCAUGAAAACAACAUUAAUGAACCAGAAAAACACACUUUUGGAAAAAAAUCUUUCGCCGAAACCACUAUCAACUCUACACUACCCAAAAAAGAACACGCAAUAG